UUUUUGAGAACUCAAGAGAUACAUACUUUGUUUUCUGUACUUUCUCACCUUGGUAAAUCUGGAAAGCAAAAACUUUGUAUUUGCAUUUGCUUUAUGAAGGAGACAGUAAACUUGAGCUCUCAGUCUCGCCACUAGUCUGUCUUUGUCUGUUGUUAAAAUUAUGAGCCAGUCUCUAUGGCGCAGCCAAAUGAGUAAUCACCAGUAAUGUGACUCGUGCUGGAAGUGACUCCAUCAGCACCUGUGACGGAGGAUUAGUUACAGUUUACAGAGCACCGCCUCUUCCCUUCUCUCAGUGUGCCCUAAGCCAAGUAGUCCGUCUCAUUUGGGUGUCUGCACUGUUGGAAGCUACUGCAGUGUGUUUCCACACAGACGGAGUACAGUGGGAAAAGGCUUUCUCUAGCUGAUGGAUGGCUGUUCUCUCUAUUUGGAGUAUCUUACUGGUUAUGUAAGCGACCUCGAGAGAAAUUAUCCUGACCCAGAUCGGAGGAUGCAGUAGUGCUUCAGCUGCAGGAUUUCUUAGUCGUUAACACUACCGCGCUGAUGACAAAGAGCGAGUUGUAAUCCUCAUCACUGCCGGGACCAAGCCAGAGCAGACAGAAAAUCGUCAUUUGCUUGUCGGAGACUUGUUAGGUUACAGCCUCUGCUACGUUCUGUGGUCUUGGCUUUUCUUACUCUACAAUGACGCCGCCGAAAGUGAGCUCAGAAAUGCUUGAUUUGAGAGCCAUUUGCCUGUGAUUUUUGAAGACUUAAGGAAGUGUUUAGGUUAGAUUAAAAAAUACUGCUCAAGAACAAAAUGGAAAUGUCAGCUAUACUUCCUGACCUUUAAAGCCUUGUCGUGGAUAUCUGAGAUAUAAAGAUACUUUAAAAUUCUCAAGAACAAAACUUUCAAACCUCUGGUUGAAAAAAGUGUACCCAGUACAAUCACCGCGGUAGAAUUCCUUGUAGAUAAACAACUGGAUUUUUUAACUGAAGAUAGUGCCUUCCAGCCCUACCAGCUCUACUCUAGGGCUCCUGCCGCUGAUCUCAAAUGCAGGAGCAGCAGAGGUGCUUUGAGAGAGAGAGAACAGAAUGUCAAAGAGUCCAGCGGGGGACCAGCAGAUUGUGGGAAACCAUGUGACUGUGUGAUUCACAUCUCCAAGGAGAGAGAACCGGUUGUUUCUGUGUCUAGAUCCACCCUGUUAUGAGGAUAAUACCAUCAAUAAUGACGACAUAGACAGCCUAAACCCAGUUCUCAGGGACAACCCGCAACUUCAGGAAGAAGUGAAAGUCUGGGUAAAGGAACAAAAGGUUCAGGAGAUUUUUAUGCAAGGUCCUUAUUCCUUGAAUGGAUACAGAGUGAGAGUAUAUAGACAAGAUUCUGCCACCCAGUGGUUUACUGGCAUAAUUACUCAUCAUGAUCUCUUUACACGCACCAUGAUCGUUAUGAAUGAUCAGGUUCUAGAACCACAGAAUGUCGAUCCUUCUAUGGUUCAAAUGACCUUUCUAGAUGAUGUUGUUCACUCUUUGUUAAAAGGUGAAAAUAUUGGCAUUACGUCACGGCGAAGAUCUCGUGCCAGUCAAAGUAGCAACACUGUUCACGGUCAUUAUACACGUGCCCAAGCAAAUAGUCCCAGACCAGCAAUGAACUCCCAAGCUGCUGUACCAAAACAGAAUUCACACCAGCAACAAAGAAAUAUUCGUCCAAAUAAGAGGAAGGGCUCAGAUAGUAGUAUACCAGAUGAAGAGAAGAUGAAGGAAGAAAAAUAUGAUUAUAUAGCACGAGGAGAAAAUCCUAAAGGUAAAAAUAAACAGGUGAUGAACAAAAGAAGGAAACCUGAGGAGGAUGAAAAGAAACUAAAUAUGAAAAGACUACGAACUGACAAUGUUUCAGACUUUUCUGAGAGCAGUGACUCAGAAAAUUCAAAUAAAAGAAUAAUAAAUAAUUCCUCAGAGCAUAAGCCAGAGAAUGAAUUGAAAAAUAAAAACACUUCAAGGAUAAAUGGAGAAGAAGGAAAAUCCCAGAAUAAUGAGAAGGCAGGAGAAGAGACGCUAAUAGAUAGUCAGCCUUCCUGGGAUCAAAUACAGGAAGAUAAAAAACAUGAAGAAACAGAAAAACAGAAGUCUCUUGACUCUCAGCUUCAAGAAAAAACGGUUAUCCAUUCAUCCGAACAGGCCACACUUUCUGAUCAUAAUUCUAAUGAUUUACUUCUACAGGAAUGCAAUAUGGAAAAAACACAUACAGUGGAAUUAUUACCAAAGGAGAAAUUUGUAUCCAAACCACCCACACCAAAAUGUGUUAUUGAUAUUACGAAUGACACUAAUACAGAAAAGGUGGCUCAGGAAAGCUCAAAUACCUUUGGCCUUCAGACACUUCAGAAAGUGGAUCCUAUCAUUAGUGAUUCAAAACAUUCAAGUGCAAAUACAAAAUACUUGGAAAUAACAAACCAAGAUUCUGACCAGAGCUGGGUCGGUGAUGUAGUUAAAGUAGAUUUAACCCAAUCAAAUGUUAGGAAUGCUCCAGGGAAUGAUAACUUGAAUAUGGAAAAAGAGAAAAAUCAGUAUGUCUCUUAUAUAUCUUCUCUAAGUGCAGUUUCUGUCACAGAAGAUAAACUGCAUAAGCGAAGUCCACCCCCAGAAACUAUAAAAUCUAAAGUUAAUACUUCAGUAGAUGGUCACAAGACAAAGUCUAAUCCCUCACCUGAAAUUGUUAAACCUAAAAUUAACCAUUCUCCUGAUUCUGUAAAGUCUAAGGCCACUCAUGUGAAUAGCCAAACUGCUGGUGAAAGAAGACUGGCAAAUAAGAUAGAACAUGAGUUAUCAAGGUGCAGUUUUCAUCCAGUUCCUACUCGAGGCAGUACAUUAGAAACUACAAAAAGCCCUCUUAUCAUUGAUAAAAAUGAGCAUUUCACAGUUUACAGAGAUCCUGCACUUAUUGGGUCAGAAACAGGAGCUAAUCACAUCUCACCUUUCUUAAGCCAACAUCCUUUUCCUCUUCAUUCUUCAUCCCAUAGGGCAUGUUUAAAUCCAGGUAGCCAUCACCCUGCCUUAACCCCUGCACCCCAUUUACUGGCUGGAUCAUCCAGUCAGACUCCAUUACCUGCCAUUAACACUCACCCUCUGACUAGUGGUCCACACCAUUCUGUUCAUCACCCUCAUUUACUUCCUACUGUGUUACCUGGAGUGCCUCCUGCCUCCCUGCUUGGUGGCCACCCCCGACUAGAGACUGCUCAUGCCAGCAGCCUGAGCCACUUAGCACUAGCACACCAGCAACAACAGCAGUUGUUACAGCACCAGUCACCUCAUCUUCUUGGACAAGCUCAUCCUUCUGCUUCAUAUAAUCAGCUUGGACUUUAUCCAAUUAUUUGGCAAUACCCAAAUGGAACACAUGCAUACUCAGGACUUGGUCUGCCUUCUUCUAAGUGGGUUCACCCAGAAAAUACCGUUAAUGCCGAAUCUUCAUUAAGGAGGAAUUCUCCUAGUCCUUGGUUACAUCAGCCUACCCCUGUGACCUCAGCAGAUGGUAUUGGAUUACUUAGUCACAUUCCUGUCAGACCUUCCAGUGCAGAACCUCAUCGGCCUCUUAAAAUUACAGCACAUUCCAGUCCACCAUUGACAAAAAGUUUAGUUGAUCAUCAUAAAGAAGAAUUAGAGAGGAAAGCAUUUAUUGAACCGUUACGUUCUGUUGCAUCCACAUCAGCAAAAAAUGACCUCGAUAUAAAUAGGUCACAGACUGGAAAAGAUAGUCAUUUGCACAGGCAUUUUGUGGAUCCUGUAUUGAAUCAAUUACAGAGACCACCCCAGGAGACUGGAGAGAGAGUAAACAAAUAUAAAGAGGAACACCGUCGAAUUCUUCAAGAAAGUAUUGAUGUUGCUCCAUUUACAACCAAAAUCAAGGGGCUUGAGGGUGAGAGAGAUAAUUAUUCCAGAGUUGCACCAUCAUCUUCUAGCCCUAAAAGCCAUGCCAUCAAACAAGACAAAGAUGUAGAAUGUUCAGUAUCAGAUCUUUAUAAAAUGAAGCACUCAGUGCCUCAGAGUUUGCCCCAAAGUAACUAUUUCACUACAUUGUCAAAUACUGUAGUCAAUGAACCACCAAGGUCAUACCCAUCCAAAGAAGUUUCAAAUAUUUACACUGAAAAACAAAGUAAUACCCUUGUAGCAGGAGCCAGUCCUCAAACUCUGACUUCAUUUAUAUCAUCUCUUUCAAAGCCCCCACCUUUGAUUAAACACCAACCAGAAAAUGAAGGUUUAGUAGGCAAGUUGCCAGAACACCUUCCCCAUCAGAUUGCUUCUCACUCAGUAACAACUUUCAGAAAUGAUCGUAGGAGCCCUACUCAUUUGACAGUUUCUUCUACAAAUACACUCCGGAGUAUGCCUGCUUUACAUAGAGCACCAGUAUUUCACCCACCAAUCCAUCACAGUCUGGAAAGAAAGGAAAGCAGCUAUAGUAGCCUCUCCCCUCCAACGUUAACUCCAGUGAUGCCUGUAAAUGCUGGUGGGAAAGUUCAGGAAUCACAAAAGCCUCCAACUCUGAUUCCUGAGCCAAAAGACACUCAGGCAAAUUUUAAGAGUUCUUCUGAACAGGGUUUGACAGAAAUGUGGAAAUCUAAUAAUAACCUCAGCAGAGAGAAAGCUGAAUGGCAUGUGGAGAAAAGCAGUGGAAAGUCACAGGCUGCUAUGGCAUCUGUCAUCGUACGUCCACCUUCUAGUGCAAAACUUGAUAGUGUGCCAGCAAUGCAGUUAGCUUCCAAAGAUCGAGUUAGUGAAAGAUCUUCAAAUGGGGCAAAUCAAACAGAUUGCCUCAAACCAGCAGAAGCUGGAGAGACUGGAAGAAUCAUUCUGCCAAGUGUGAAUUCAGACAGUGCUCACAUAAAAUCCGAAAAAAACUUUCAGGCUGUCUCACGGGGCAGUGUUCCCAGUUCAGUCAUGUCUGCUGUAAAUACAAUGUGUAGUACCAAAACGGAUAUAGUCACAUCUGUUGCUGCUACUACCAGUGUUUCCAGCUGGGGUGGUUCAGAAAUAAUUUACUCUUUAUCAAAUACCAUUUUGGCCUCUAAAUCCUUAGAAUGUACCUCUUCAAAAACUGUUAGUCAUUCAGUGGCUCAAACACAAGAAUGUAGGGUCAGCACCACAGCUCCAGUUACACCAGCUAGUAGUAAGACAGGAAGUGCCCUUCAGCCCAGCUCUGGGUUCUCAGGCACAACUGAUUUUAUCCAUUUAAAAAAGCACAAGGCAGCACUGGCUGCGGCUCAAUAUAAAAGUAGUAAUGUCAGUGAGACUGAGCCUAAUGCUGUGAAAAAUCAGACAUCUUCAGCCUCCCCUCUCUUGGAUAGCACUGUAGUCUGUAGUACAAUAAACAAAGCAAACUCUGUAGGAAAUGGGCAAGCAUCCCAGACAAGUCAGCCAAACUACCAUACUAAACUGAAAAAGGCCUGGCUUACAAGACAUUCAGAAGAAGAUAAAAAUACUAAUAAAAUGGAAAAUUCAGGGAAUUCUGUAUCAGAAAUUAUUAAGCCAUGUUCUGUAAAUUUAAUAGCCUCUACAUCUAAUGAUGUACAAAAUAGUGUAGAUAGUAAGAUCAUAGUUGAUAAAUAUGUAAAAGAUGAUAAAGUCAGGAGAAAAGCCAAAAGAACUUACGAAUCUGGCUCUGAGAGUGGAGAUUCAGAUGAAAGUGAAAGUAAAUCAGAGCAAAGGACUAAAAGGCAACCUAAGCCCACUUACAAAAAGAAGCAAAAUGAUCUUCAGAAGAGAAAAGGUGAAAUAGAAGAAGAUUUAAAACCCAAUGGGGUUCUCAGCAGGAGUGCCAAAGAAAAAAGUAAAUUGAAGUUGCAGAGCAACAAUAAUAGUGCUGGCAUCCCUCGUUCAGUAUUAAAAGAUUGGCGUAAAGUCAAGAAGCUGAAGCAAACUGGGGAAUCCUUUUUACAGGAUGACUCCUGCUGUGAAAUAGGGCCUAAUUUGCAAAAAUGCCGAGAAUGUAGACUCAUUCGGAGUAAAAAGGGAGAAGAACCAAGUCACUCACCAGUAUUUUGUAGAUUUUACUACUUUAGACGAUUAUCAUUUAGUAAAAAUGGAGUGGUUAGAAUAGAUGGCUUCUCUUCUCCUGAUCAAUAUGAUGAUGAAGCUAUGAGUUUAUGGACACAUGAAAAUUAUGAAGAUGAUGAACUAGACCUAGAAACUUCAAAAUAUAUCUUGGAUAUAAUAGGUGAUAAGUUCUGUCAAUUAGUAACAUCUGAAAAAACAGCUUUAUCCUGGGUGAAAAAAGAUGCCAAAAUUGCCUGGAAAAGAGCAGUGAGAGGAGUACGGGAGAUGUGUGAUGCCUGCGAAGCAACAUUGUUUAACAUUCAUUGGGUGUGCCAAAAAUGUGGAUUUGUGGUCUGCUUAGAUUGUUACAAGGCAAAGGAAAGGAAGAGUUCUAGAGAUAAAGAACUGUAUGCUUGGAUGAAGUGUGUGAAGGGACAGCCUCAUGAUCACAAACAUUUAAUGCCAACUCAAAUUAUACCUGGUUCUGUUUUAACAGAUCUUCUGGAUGUGAUGCACACUCUUAGAGAAAAAUAUGGUAUUAAAUCCCAUUGUCAUUGUACUAACAAACAAGUUGGAAAUUUUUCUACUAUGAAUGGUGUGUCUCAAUCUCAGCAGCAAAAUACCCCUCAGAAGCCUGAGAGUAAUGGCAGCAGCAGCCCAGGGAGUGAUGGAAGCACAGACAGCAAGUUCACUCCUCCAGAACCCCAGUCACCCCUGCACUGGUUAGCAGACCUUGCAGAGCAAAAGGCCAGAGAGGAAAAAAAAGAAAACAAAGAAUUUGCCCUUGAAAAGGAAAUUAAAGAAGAGGGAGAACAAGACAACCCUGAUUCUCCAAAUAGCGGAACAUCACCUCCUGUGUCUCAGAAUAAUGAGCAAGGCUCAACAUUGCGAGAUUUGCUGACCACAACAGCUGGCAAAUUACGUGUGGGAUCAACAGAUGCUGGCAUUGCCUUUGCACCAGUUUAUUCGAUGGGAACCCCAAGUGGUAAAAGUGGAAGAACUAUGCCAAACAUUCUUGAUGACAUAAUUGCUUCAGUUGUUGAAAACAAAAUUCCACCAAAUAAAGCCUCUAGGAUAAAUGUAAAAACAGAGCUUAAAGAAGAGCCUAAAGAAAGCAGAAAAUCUACCAUGGAUGAAAACAAUAAAUUAUACAAUGAUAUACCACAUUCUUGGAUCUGUGAGAAGCAUAUUCUGUGGCUUAAAGAUUAUAAAAAUAUUAACAAUUGGAAGCUUUUCAAAGAGUGUUGGAAACAUGGACAACCUGCAGUGGUUUCUGGCGUGCAUAAGAAAAUGAACAUUAGCUUGUGGAAGGCAGACUCAAUUAGUCUUGAUUUUGGAGACCACCAAGCUGAUCUCCUGAACUGCAAAGACAGCAUUGUUUCAAAUGCCAAUGUUAAGGAGUUCUGGGAUGGUUUUGAAGAAGUUUCAAAACGGCAAAAAGCGAAAAGUGGAGAAACAGUUGUUUUAAAAUUAAAAGAUUGCCCUUCAGGAGAAGACUUCAAGACUAUGAUGCCAGCAAGAUAUGAAGAUCUUUUAAAAAGCUUGCCAUUGCCAGAAUAUUGUAAUCCAGAAGGAAAAUUCAAUUUGGCCUCUCAUUUGCCAGGAUUUUUUGUACGCCCUGAUCUGGGACCUAGGUUGUGCAGUGCUUAUGGUGUAGCUGCUGCCAAAGAUCAUGAUAUUGGAACAACAAAUCUACAUGUUGAAGUUUCUGAUGUUGUAAAUAUUCUAGUCUAUGUUGGCAUAGCAAAAGGAAAUGGCAUUCUUUCAAAAGCAGGAAUACUAAAAAAAUUUGAGGAAGAAGAUUUGGAUGACAUUUUAAGAAAACGAUUGAAGGACUCAAGUGAAAUACCUGGUGCUCUGUGGCAUAUUUAUGCUGGGAAAGAUGUUGACAAGAUAAGGGAAUUUCUUCAGAAGGUUUCAAAAGAACAAGGCCUUGAAGUUCUGCCAGAGCAUGAUCCAAUACGUGACCAAAGUUGGUAUGUGAACAAAAAACUUCGUCAGAGACUGCUUGAGGAAUAUGGAGUCAAAACCUGCACUCUUGUUCAGUUCCUUGGUGAUGCCAUUGUCUUACCAGCAGGAACACUUCAUCAGGUACAGAAUUUUCACAGCUGUAUUCAGGUAACUGAAGACUUUGUGUCUCCAGAACAUCUUGUACAGUCAUUUCAUUUAACACAGGAACUGAGACUUUUGAAGGAAGAAAUCAAUUAUGAUGAUAAACUACAGGUUAAAAAUAUCUUGUAUCAUGCAGUCAAGGAAAUGGUGAGAUCUUUGAAGAUACAUGAAGAUGAAGUAGAGGCUAUGGAAGAAAACUAGGUGGGGUCCACUUUGAUGUUUUUAGGCCACUGAACUGGAAUUAACUACUCUUGAACGCUGAUAUGUAUGUACACUGACCUAAGCUUCAUAAACCAUCAGUGCCAAGAAAUUCUCUUUGUAGUAAUUACUUGUUACUGACACCACAGCGGUAUAGCAUAGUCACAGCUCCCGUGAUUCAUUGUUAUUAAAACAAGCUAAAUUUUAAAAGCAGCAGUUCAUAGCUGUUUUUGUAUUAUAGUGUAUAUGAUGUUUGUGAAAAUGCCAGAUUUAAAAUGAUGUAUUUAUUUUUGGAAAAAAAUACAAAAAUUCUAUGCUAUAUUGUUGAUCAAGUGUAAAUGUGACCUUGUACAGUUUACUAAAAUAACUGAUAUUUUUCACUACAUUGAGACAGUUACUGUGAGAAUAGGACACAAACACCAGCUAUUGCCUGCAUUUGGGAAAUUGCUGAAUCGCACAGCAUACAUGUCAUAAUCAGAAAAUUACUGCCAAAUAAUUGUAAAAUUUGUAAAAUAGAAAAAUAUAUAAAGUAGAUACUAAAUACAGACACUUCAAUAUUUUGUUGAAGCUAUUGACUGUACAAUUAAACAUUUUCAAAGGGUGUAAUUUAUUUAAAAUUGUCUCAUUUUGGUAAAAUUUAUGUGAACUUUUAAAAGCUAAAUAUUAAACUUAAUAUGCUAUGUAAAUAUAUACAUAUAUACAUUUAAUGAUGUAUUUUUUUAAAACAUUGGCUUGCUUUUAUUUGUUAAAGUGCAAGUGUUACAUACAGCUUUGUAAAGUUGAGAGGGGUUUUACAUUUUCCAUUAAAAGGACUUUAUCAAAAAUUU